GCCAGUUGAUCUCUGUACCUCGAGAUGUGAACAUUUGCAUCACGACAAGAAGUGGGAGGAAAUUACCGGUGACUUGCCACAGGCGACAGUUCUUGAGCAGAACGCUGUAUCCUCAGUGCCCAAGCGACCAAAGGCAUACUUGUAUCUACAGAACAAAUUUUACGGCCUCAUCAAUUCAGAGCACUAUUAUGCAAUGGACAGACCGUCCCUUGGUAAUAGGCAUUGCUUCCGGCCUCGCCAUUGCUAUCAUCGUUGAUCAACUCCGUCAAUUCUAUCACAGUUACAGCCCGCCUUUCAAGUGCCAGCGGCGGCCUUCCCUCAAAUUCUUGGUUGACGAGACCAUAAACUCGGAGGGAGUGAACCAGAUAUCUCCUCCACCCAUCGGCACCGGCAUCGAAUCGACUAUAGGGUCCACGCCCCUUAUUGUCAUUCCCUCCCUUUCAAGCUUUACGGGCUGCACAAUUCUCGCCAAAUGCGAACACCUCAACGGUGCUGGUGGCUCACCCAAGGAUCGGGUCGCGCUGUCAAUCCUCACCCGAGCGGAAAGUCAGGGCCUCCUUACGCCUCAUAGUGGUGACACCGUCUACGAAGGAACAGUUGGGUCAACAGGGAUAUCUCUAGCAACUUUAUGUCGCGCAAAAGGCUAUCUUGCCCACAUUUGCAUGCCGAACGACCAAUCUCAUGAAAAGUCCAACCUCCUGUUAAAGCUCGGUGCGGUUGUGGAGAGAGUUCCCCCCGCGCCAAUUGUAGACCAGGAGCAUUUCGUCAACCGUGCGCGCAAUCUUGCACGAGAACACACGGAAAAUCCGGACAAGAGAGGCAGGGGAUACUUUGCCAACCAGUUUGAAACAGAGGCGAAUUGGCGGGCGCAUUACGAAGGCACAGGUCCAGAGAUUUAUGUUCAAUGCCAGGGCACUAUCGAUGCGUUUGCCGCAGGCGCAGGGACUGGAGGAACGAUUUCAGGUGUGGCCACCUAUCUUAAAGAAAAGCUACCAGACGUUCGAGUUGUCCUUGCAGACCCUCACGGUUCGGGUCUGUAUAACAAAAUCAAACAUGGUGUCAUGUUUCACUCGCUGGAGAAAGAGGGGACAAGGAGAAGAGAUCAGGUCGAUACGAUUGUGGAAGGAAUUGGUUUGACUCGCUCAACGCUCAAUUUCGAGCAGGGGAGAGAGUUGAUUGACGAUGCCGUCAAAGUGAGCGAUCAGCAGGCGAUGAAUAUGGCGAGGCUGUUGGUCGAGAGGGAUGGCAUCUUUGUGGGGAGUAGCAGCGCAGUCAAUUGUGUCGCUGCUUUACAAACGGCUCUCAAACUAGGGCCUGGUCAUACAGUCGUCACGAUUCUGUGUGACUCUGGCAUGCGCCACCUCUCCAAGUUCUGGGCUCGCAUAGGUGAGAUUGGAGGGGAGGCACGCACGACCGUCGAGGAUAUCCUUGAAGGCAGAAAGCUGGACUGAAGCAAGCUCCCUCCAACUUUUUCAUCUUCAACCAAACAGCUCGUCGUCGGAAUCAGGCUCCACUUUGACAAAUAUAGGAUCCAGCAGCAAAUCUCCCUGCUCACCAUGUUCCGUUUGGUUUUCGUCAGAUCUCAGUGGCGAGGUCCUUGGCCGCGCUGUUGAUGCGGUAGGUCUUUUUCCACCCGAACUCCAGAGCCUUGUCAGCCAAGUUUCAGCCAACUUGUUCGCGAUCUCGGUGGCGUGGCGAUGUUCAAAAUGGGACGAAAGCGUACCAAUGUCUCGUCUUGAGUCUUGACAGAGUUCCUCCAAGAUGCUCAGUUCCUGCGCCGACCAUUCCCUUGAAUCGUCGCUGGAAAGACCAGACGGUGUUCGGUAUCGGUCGUAGACGUCGUUGAGAGCGAGUCCAGUCUUAUGAGUUCGAAGGGCUCGGCACUCCGCGAUUUCAUCGAAGGUCAAUCCUGCACCCUCGCGCAAUUCAACCAAUGUCUUAUAAUCGGAAAGGAUUAAUCUCGGCAGACGCCGCGGCCGAGUGCUGUAUGACACAUAACCAAGGAUGUACUCCAGGUCAUGCACCUCGUCGUCAUCUAUGUCGCCCUUGUCAUAAUCCUUUGCCAAUUUGGCCCAAUGUUUGAAGACACCUGCCCUGGAAGACCACUGGCGAGAGCAAUAAAAACAGGAUCCUUUUCUCAUCUGCACGACCUGGUCGUCGUCUUGAGUUUUCUUGUCGGGUUCUCUUUUCGUCUCUUCUUCGCUAUCGAUGCUCACUUCUUCAUCCUGCCGAUCAGAAAACCCCUCUUGAAGCGGAUCCGCCGACUCGGCUCUGGCACGUCGCCUCACGGCGGCUUGACGCACGACUCUCUUGGAUGACCGGUGUCUAACCGGCUUCCAGAGAGACUCGGCAGCAUCCGAAGAGGUAGUUGGCCGACCUGGUGAACUAGAUAUCGGGACCAAUUGCGUCUUGGGCUUCGAAGCAGAGGUGGGUAGCACCGGAGGAACGAGAUCUGUGGGGAGACGCCAGGCCGGCUCGAUAUGGGCUUGAGUAGCAAGCUUUCUAGCUCUUUGUAUAAUUGCCAUCACCUCUGGACCGAGGCUAGGACCAAACUUCUCAAGGAUAGCCUUGUCGCCUACUUCAGCAUCGAGAGUUUCGAAAUCGAGUGGCGAAUCUGUGGUCUUCGGAUUGGGGAAGUCUUCCAGUUGGACUUGGAAUAGAGAAUCGGG